CAUAUAAAUUAGACGACUAUAAAUAUUAUUAAUGUCAAUUGGCUAUAAUUAAUCUACUAUAAAUAAUAUCUGUAUAAAUCUGAUUCGAUUUGCUGCGGGAGGAAGAGGUCUUCCCAAGCCGAGGCGGUCCUAUGGUGAAGAUACUAGUCUAUCCGGUAUACAAGGUACAGUAUGUGUAUUUUAAACCACGGAUAAAUACUGCCUGUGUGCGUAUGCGCAGAACCACUAGGCAUCACGAUUUGACAGGGAGAAUCCAUUGGCAGAACAGCGGCCACUCCGCUCCAGCGGAUCCUGUCCGGAUCUUCCAGGGAGUCGGUAGUUCGUCAGCUCAAUACGGGGUUGCCAUAUCCGGCCGUAACUCCGUAUAAAUGGCGGUUCUAUUUCAACUGCGUUUGCUUGAAUUAGGAGCUGAAAUAGGGGGUUGGAUGAUCGGACGUGGAUCACGCAGAGAACGACGCACUGACUGGGACGGGGUUUACAAAGCAGCGGUGGAGGUUCUUGAAGACUAUCAUGACAUGGCUCGGUUCCCAAGCGCCGUAGGUUGUUGAUCUAAAUGUCGCCUUAACCCGAGCGUUCGGGAGGUUCACGGCGGCCACGCCCCUCCGCGUGCCAUCCCGGACCCCCGCUGAGGAGCCAUCAGCUGCUGAUGCUGCGCAUCCGGGAGACACCGCCGGCUCACUAGCAUCUCCUGGCUCUCCCUCACCUGACUCCCCCCUCUCCACCUGACUCCCCCCUCUCCUCCUGUCUUCCCACCUCCUACUGACUCCCCCCCCUCUCCUCCUGACUCCCCACCUCCUCCUCCUGACUUCCCAACUCCUCCUCCUGAGUCCCAACCUCCUCCUUCUGACUCCCCACCUCCUGCCUCUCCCCUGCUUCUCCCCUCCUCCUGCCUCCGCCCUGCUCCUCCCCAUCAUGGAGGAGGUUCUCCGGCGGCUCCGGACCGACGCGUCGGGCCACCGACACAAAGCGCUGCGCGACGCGUGCGACUUGGCCCGCGGUGUGCUGGACCCUCACCACGGACCAUCAAACAGGUCUCAGCUACGCCGGGUCUGUCUGCUCCCCCUCCGCUUGGCCCUGGAGUCCAGAAACACCAAACUGGGACAGACGGCGCUCUGUGGACUACAGAGGGUGCUGUGUGAGGAGCGUCUGGUGGGGGAGGGGGGGGAGGGGGGGGAGGAGCUGCUGCAGCAGAUGUUGGAGGUCGUCCGCGGAACCCCGUCACUCCACGAAGACCUGCAGGUGGAGGUCAUGAAGGUUCUGCUUUGCAUCACCUACUCUGCGCCCUUUGACCUCAGCGGAGCCGCCAUCUUGAAGAUUGCUGAGUUGUGCGUGAGGACCUUUGUGUCCAGUGGUCAUCAGAAGAGUGUCAACACGGCAGUGAGAGCAACGCUGAGCCAGAUACUGGGAGACCUGGCAUUACACACACACACACAGGAAUCAGACGGUGAUGAUGUCAUCAUUCCACCACAGCAGAGAAAAGCCUUGUCUCCUAGCGACCAGCGGCGGUAUGCAGACCUCGUCUCUGUGCUCUCGUCGUUCUGCGAGCGGCUGGAGGCCGUCCACAGUGAUAAUCAGCUCCUCCAGCUGCUCUACUUGGAGUCCAUCCUCUCCAUGCUGAGCAGCUCCCCACCCACAAUUCACCUCUCCAGAGGAUUCACUGACCUCAUGUGGAAGCAGCUGUGUCCCACCCUGGUCGUGCUCAUGGGAAACCCAGACAAAACCAUCACUUCACACCACGGCCACAUGGGGGCGCCAGACGGCCUCAGACCGGCUCCAGGUGUGGGUCCGGAGGGCCGGGGGUCGGGCUGCUCCUCCUCCCCUCCCUCCAGGAGCCCUGCGGUGGUGCGGACCGUGUGCUACCUGGCGGCCGAGCUGGUCCGCCUGCUGGGGGGCGAGGAGGCCAUGAGGCCCGUGCUGCAGGCCCUGUUCCACCGCCUCCUGCUGUACCCGCCCCCUCAGCACCGCGCCCACGCCAUCCACGUCAUGAAGGAGAUCCUGGGCUGUCCCCAGCGUGUGUUCGACCUCGCUGGUCCCUGCUGCUCCGUGGAGCCUGACAGGAAGCGGGGGUUCAGCAACAGGAAGUCCCACCUGGACCUGGACCUUGACCUGGACCUGGACCUGGAACUGGACCUGGACCUGGACCUAGACCUGGACCUGGACCUGCUCCGGCUGGUGAUGGACGGAGUGAGGGAGGCGUGUGUUAAAGGAGGCGUGGAAGCGUGUUACUCCUCCGUCGCCUGCUCCUGCUCCCUCCUCCACUCUCUGCACCUCCUCUCCCAGGGCCAGGGGCUCCAACCUGACCAGGUGCGUCUGAUCCUCGGGCGGCUGGAGGAUCUGAAGGAAGGGGCGGAGUCUAAGAGGGAGCUGAUGGAGGCGGACCAGAGGCGGGUUCUAUCUUCUGAGCAUGCUCCGUGGGAGCCCUCGGAGCGCAGCCCUGACGUCAGCAUCAGCAUCACCACGGAAACGGGCCAGACCAGGCUGGAGCUGGAGGGGAUUGAGCUGGGCUGCCCCAGCCCUGAGGAGCCCCGCCUCCCCUCUCCCCUCGCCGGCGGCCGAUUGGACGAGAGCAGGCGGGAGGGGGAGCCUGCCGGGGGCGGGGCCAGGGAGGCGGGGGGAAGGGUCCGGAGGGUGGUGCCACCUGACGUGGUUCAGCGAGGCCACGCCCUCGUCUACCCUGACAUCACCAACUUCCUGUCUGUGGAGUCCAGGGGGCGAGGUCAUCAGGGGGUCAACUCCCGCUACAGCGAGAGCAACUUCAGUGUGGAGGAGCAGGAGGGCUCGAGGUUGGAGAUGGAGUCAUGUGACCAGUACUCCAUGGCAGCAGAGAAGGACUCUGGCCGCUCUGACGUGUCUGACAUGGGCUCAGACAGCGUCUCAUUGGCUGACGACGACCAGGACACGCCGCCCGGGGGCCAGGCCCACCGCACGCUGCGCUCCGCAGCCCUGUCACUCAAACUCCUCCACGACCAGGAGGCAGACCAGCACAGCGCCCGGCUCUUCGUCCAAUCGCUGGCCACCCUGAUGCCCCGCCUCCUGGCCUUAAGAGACCCCUCCCAACUGGACCUCCUCCUGCAGAACUCCUCCUCCUCCUUCUGCUCUGGAUUACAAGCUGGCGGGGUCGGUUCUCCGGGCUUCGAGGGGGGCGACGGUCUGACCUGUCGGUCGCUGAUGAACGCAGACGGUCUGUACCUGGUGUCGUACUACGCUCUGCUGCUCAACCUGAAGCUCUGCUGCUGUGAUCACUACCUCCACCCCUCCACCCUGCCGGCCGCCCUGGGCCAGAAGGAGUUUGUGCAUGCGGUCCAGGCCAGUGGGGUGCUGGUGCUGCUGUCCCCAGUCUGGAUUGAGGAGCUUUACCAGCAGGUUCUGCUGAGGAACCUCCUGGGAGACGCCGGCUACCAGAACCAGCACACCGCCACGCUAGUUAGCAUGCUAACAGACAUCGACGGGUUGGGGAGCAGCGCUAUUGGAGCUCAGAUGAGGAACUCCGGCCAAUCAGCAUCCAGCUGUAACCAGCGGACCAGCAGUGAGGCUGUCCUGGCAGGGCGUGUGUUCUCCCGCUCCGUCCUGGCCACGGUGUGGGGGUCCCUGAUGGAGGUCCUGUCGGCGUGUCUGACAGGGGCCGGGGGUCGUGGGGUUGUCGGGGGUCGUGGGGGGGUCGGGGGUCAGAGCCAGAGAGAGAGAGACACCAUCUGCCUGAGCCUGGACGGCCUGCGCCAGGCCGCCGCCCUCAGCUGUUCCCUCGGUGUGGCCGCUCAUUGUGAGUCCGCUCUUGCCCAGAUGGCCGCAGCGUCCUGCGUUCAGGAAGACCGAGAGACAGCGGACCCCAACACACCCGUGAGACAGCAGGGCCUCCAUGUGUCUCAUGUCCUCUGUAUGGACGCCGUGCUCAGCGUGGGGCUGGAGAUGAGCAGCCACAACCCAGACUGCUGGACACACCUGCUCAGGGUGAGUGAGUACAUCAGCUCACUGGAACACGUCCACUUCAGUGACGUCUCGUCUCGGCAGUGUCUGACCCCCGUCACCCAGCAGGCCUCCCCCGUCUGCCUGGGGCUGGAUUUGAGCUGUGAGCCCAGGGCAGAGUCAUCUGAGCUGGGCCUGAGCCAGCCGGUCAUCCAGCCCGUGUCCAUCCAGGAGCUGCUGCAGGAGCAGGCCCGGGGGGGCGGGGCCCGGGGGAGCAGGGCCCGGCGGUUGGAGCUAACAGAAGGUAGCAUGCUAACUGGACCUAGCGCAGCCCAAGCCGUCCUCACACUCUCCACCCAGGCGGACAGGCUGUUCGAGGACUGCUCCGCCUCCCUGAAGCUAGAGGCUCUGGUCAGCUUCCUCUGUCAGCUCCGGAGAGCGUCUCAGAGGCAGAUCUUCACCUCCGUCAGCAGCACCACCCACUACACCCUGGCCAUGCCUGGUGAGUCCAGGUGUGGGCUGGACAGAUGUGUUUCCCUCCACCUGGUCCGACUGGGCGAGGCCGCACUGCGAUUGGCUCGGGACCGGACACGCCCCCUCCUCCAUCUCAUGAGGACCUGGAGCGUGGUGGCGCCCCACCUGGUGGAGGCAGCCUGUCACAGGGAGCGCCAUAUCUCCCAGAAGGCCAUCUGUUUCCUCCACGACCUGCUGAUGGAGGUUCUGAGCAGCUGGGCGGAGCCUCCACACUUCCACUUCAACGAGGCGCUGUUCACCGCCUUCCAGCACGUCCUGCAGCUGGGGCGCUGCGACGAGGACGCCCAGGACCAGGUGGUGUCGUCUCUGGGCCAGCUGGUGGAGGCCUGCUCCCCUCAGAUCCUCUCAGGGUGGAGACCUCUGUUCAGCGCCCUGCGCACCCUACACACACACCAGGCAGAGCGCACACUGGGGGGGCCCCGGGCCCCUGUGCUGGACGUGUUCGAGGCGUUCGUCUCCACGGAGAGCAGCCAGGUGUUCGCCAGCGCCGCCUCAGACUACAUCAUGUGUCUCAUCAGGCUCAUCAAAGGACUGGGAGAGGAGAUAGGGGACUGUGUUCUGAGCCCCCCCUCCAGCUCCACAGACCUCUGCCUCCCGGCCCUCGACUACCUGCACAGGUGCUCCCAGCUCCUGGCUAAGAUCUACCAGAUGGCCACCAAGCCGGUGUUCCUAGGGGCGCGGCCGACUGGCCUGCAGGACCGCCCCCUCAGCAGCGAGGACCGCCCCCCCAGCAGCCAGGACCGCCCCCCUAGCAGCCAGGACCGCCCCCCCAGCAGCCAGGACCGCCCCCUCCACAGCCAGGACUGCCCCCCCAGCAGGGAGGACCGCCCCCCCAGCAGGGACGACGGGCUGGACUCUGUGCUGCAGGAGGUGGACGACGGAACAGGUUUGAUCCAGGUGUGGAUCCUGUUAUUGGAGCAGCUGACUGCAGCCGUGUCCAACUGUCCUCGACAGCACCAGGCUCCCACUCUGCAACUCCUCUUCACCCUCCUGAGGGAGCUCACCUGUGUACCAGGUCCGGGCUUCGCGGUCUUGGCCGUGGUCCAGCUGCUGCUUCCUGUGAUGACGCUGUGGCUGCAGCGUAGCCAUGGCGACCACACCUACUGGGACGCGGCCGGUGGCAACUUCAAACACGCCAUCGGCCUAUCAUGCGAGCUGGUGGUGGAUCACCUGACCAGCCUCAGCCAAUCAGGCCAUGAGUCUCUGAUGAACGUCAUGCUGAAGGACCUGCUGACCCUGCUGGUCUCCUGCGUCUCCGAGCCUGCAGAGACCAUCUCACGGGUGGGCUGCUCCUGCAUCAGGUACGUGGUGGUGAGUGGCGCUCCGAUCUUCACCGAGGAGAUGUGGAGGCUGGCAUGUUGCGCCCUGCAAGACGCCUUCUCAGUCACACUUGAGCCUGUCAAGAAGCUGCUGCUGUGCUUCAGGACGGACUGCGCCUCCGGAGACGCCUGCGAUGUGAAGGUCGCCGCGCCGACGCACUCCGCCUCCGCCGAGGCCGAGUACUGGAGGAUCAGAGCCAUGGCCCAGCAGGUGUUUCUGCUGGACUCUCAGUGCUCUCCUAAAACGCCCAAUCACAAGGAGGGCUUUGAGCACGCUCAGUCCUGCGUCCUCAUCAUCGAGCUCCCUGCUGACGGACUCACUCAGAGAAGGAAAAUUGGGGUUCCAUUCAGAGACAUCGUGGUGAGCCUGCUGUCCCACCAGGUCCUCCUCCAGAACCUCCACGACAUCCUCCUGGAGGAGGGGGCUCCCCCCAGGGCCCCUCCUGGGACCCCCGGCUCCCGGCGGCCCGUGGGCUUCCUCCACCACCUCUCCAUGAGCAACCUGGCCACCAUCCUCGACCUGCUGAGGGAGUCCUACAAGACUGCGCGGGACUUUGACGCGCGGCCGGGUCUGAAGUACCUCCUCAUGAGGGUGUCUGGGGUCUGCGGAGCGGCCAACCUCUACCGCCAGUCGGCCAUGAGCUUCAACCUCUACUUCCAGACGCUGCUGUGCGCCCUGCUCAGCCAGGCCGACGGCAUGACCGCGCAACAGGUGAAGAAGAUGGUGUUUGAGGAAGAGGAGGUCACCUCUGAUUCCUCUCAGCCAGGAUCUGAUUCCUCUGAGGAUGAAGACAUCUUUGAAGAGACGGCACAGGUGAGCCCCCCGCGGGGGCGUGUCCGGCGGCCGGCCUGGUCCCCCCCCCGGCCCGCUCCCUCCCCCAGUGGGGGGGCGGGGGGGCCGGAGUGGGCGUGGCUUGUGCGCAGGCUGCAGCGGCUGUGUGUGGAGCUCAGCAGCAGCUACACACACAUCCACCAGGAGCAGGAGGGGGGAGGAGGCGUGGAGACCCGGGGAGGAGUCAUGCUCCUCCCUCUCUUCCCCUCGGAGACCUCCACCCCCACCUCCUGCAGGAGCACGCCCCUAGAGGAGGCGGGGCUUAGGGGACAGGGGGCGGAGCUAACUAGCAGCUCCCCAGGAGAGACCACACCCACUCCCAGCCCAGGAGUCAGCUCGGCGGUUCUCCCCCUGGCUGGGGGGUCGGAGGCCAGGCUCCCUGGGGGGUCGGAGGCCAGGCUCCCAGGGGGGUCGGAGGCCAGGCUCCCUGGGGGGGAAGCGGAGGGGAGGAGGGAGUGGUGGGAGAGUCUGGGGGGUGAACGCAGUCUGAGCCGUCUGCUGCAGGGCUACAAGCUGAGGAGGCAGAGCCAGAGCCAGAGCCAGAGCCACAGCCAGCAGGGCCGGCUCAACCUCUUCAUGGCGGCCCCGGAGCGGCGGGCCCCCCCAGACCCCGCCCCCCUCAGACACUCUGUGAGCGUGGAUUCCGAGGGCCUGAGGCCGGAGAGGUCCCGGUCGGGGUCCACGGCCAGCGGCUCCAGCAGCACCCUGAGGGACCAGCAGGCCCAGACCCAGGCGUGGACCAACAUGGUGCUGGCGGUCCUCAGCCAGGUCCUCCUGCUGGGGGACUCCUCCUUCGUGGCGCUGCAGCCCCUCUUCUACCCCGUCUUCAGCCGGCUGACCGGCCGCGCCCAGGACCCCCACCUCCGCGCCGCGCUGCAGGCCUGGCUGCUGCGCCUGGGGACGCUCUACGACAUCACCCCCUGAUGACAUCACCACCCCGCCUGAUGACAUCACCACCCCGCCUGAUGACAUCACCAACCCCGCCUGAUGACAUCCCCCCCCGAUGACAUCACCCUCCCCCCCCGAUGAGAUCAUCACCCCUUGAUGACAUCGCCAUCCCCCCCGAUGACAUCGCCACCCCCCCCCCCGAUGACAUCAUCAUCACCAUCCCUGAUGACAUCAUCCCCCCCCAUUGACAUCAUCACUGUCAUCACUGUCUGACAGCUUUCUACCUGUCUGUGUACCUGUCUGACCCCUCUGUGUCUGUGGGUCUGCCUCUCUGUCUGCUCGGCGUCCUGAAUAUGUCCUCUUUAUGAUCUGAACUGUAUUCAUACAAUGCUGAUUAAACUAUUAACUCUUCA